CCCAAGAUGAAAAUACCACGGAAACUACACGAACGAAGACCAGAUCCGGAUCGGAUCGAAAAAAUGCACCUUGAGUUGGAUCUCGAGCCAUUCCCCCUCUGCCACAGUGUUGAGGUAAUAUUGUGCUCCGGAAAAAUGGACAAGGUCACGAUCACGAUCUCACUUUUGAAAUCGACUUAUAAGUACGAAGGUGUAAGUACGGAUUGUUGGUGCAGAUUCUCCAGUAUAAGUACCUACAAAUAAGAAUUCCUCCAUUUGAAGAUCCAGCGACAAAGAAAUAGAAAUAGGAUACAUUCUGCUCAAGAACGAGAUUGAUGUUGCAUUUGGACACACGACCUAGACACGACAAGUUCUACUUCAUCGCUCGUACCUUGCAGCUCUGGGGGAAGUAGUGGCAGUCUAAAGCAUUGCUCAACAUUGUUGAGCGACGUAAAGAACUACAAAGGAAAAAUAGCUACAGACCUAAUAUUUGUAAGUGCAUGUGAAGUGUAGUCUCUGCUGCCGGGUCGGUGAUAGAAAUAAGGUUGUUCCAAGAAAGUGAAAGACGACAAUCUGGAAUGCAGCAACGGCCGUAAAUAAUUAUAAUUAUAGCUCGGACCACCACUACUACAACAAAAUCAAAAAUCCUCACGACCAUGGCUCCGCGCGAUCUGUUCGCCCAGUUGCCGGAGGAUGAUAUGCUGCUCGGCGGGGCCGACUCCGACGCAGAGGGCUUUGAUGCCGAAGACGAAGAAGACGACUUUUUAGAAUUCAAUGGCGCCGGCGGCGGUGAAGAUCUUCAUGACGGCUUAGGCUUUGCGGGGUUGUUCAACAACAACGCAAAGAGGAAGAAACCUAGUAGCGAUGGUGUCGCAUCAAGCACGAGAACUGGUACGAAGAAGAUGAACACCAAUUCCUUCUCAUCUUCUUCGAAAAGAAAAAGGGACGAGGAGCAAGACGAUGAUCAUGAUUUAUUCUCCGAAGAGUCGCAGCAGUCCUGUUUAUCUUCGAGCGAGGAGGAAGGACUAGGACACGACGACGAUGAUGUCGCUCUUGCUAGAACUACGAGUGGUCCUCGUCGCAAAAGUACUAGACAACUGGGCAACUGGGACUACAUUUCUGGCGGCGUUCUGAAGGAGCAGCAAGACGCCGGCGACUCGCUGGCCGUGAAGAUUAAAAGGCGGUUGGAGAUGAAAGCAGCGGAAGAGUUGGAGGAGUUGAUGCCGGCCGAGGAAAAUGAAGAAGAUGAAGAACCUGUACUAGAUGAUAAAACUCCUCGUGCGGAAACCGAAACAAGCUGCGACCACGCAGUCGAAGAUGACGGCCAGCCAGGAGAAGAACACGACAGCGGCGGCAAAACGUCUCGCGCACCUGCCACGAAGAAGAAGAGCACGACGGGCGGCGGCGCGGCAAAGGAGGCGUCAAUAAAUUGUCGUUCUUCAUCGCAAGAGACAAAAGCAAAAAAUGCACCUAGUACAACAACUGCGAGAAGAACUUCAGCUACGUGGUUGUCAACGCAAGACCAACAGCAGGCUCCAACGUCGACCUUGUUCGGCGACCUGGAUCUGUCUCGCCCCUUUUUGAAGGCGCUGCAGGAAAUGAAGUUCUACGAGGCAACGGCCAUCCAGCGGGACUGCAUCCCGGCGGCGAUCAAGGGGCACGACUUGCUCGCGACGGCAGAGACGGGGAGUGGGAAGACGGCGGCCUUUCUGCUGCCCACGCUGGAACGAAUCUCAAGGUCGCCGCACGUGGCCUCAAGAAAGCGGGUUUUUGUGUCGAAGGAAAAGGGAUACAAGGUAUAGAAUACAUAGUACGAGAUUGCUGAUUGCGAUCAUCAUCAUCAUGAGAAAUAAAUGAGCUUAUCAUUUACACUAUUAAAACAGUCGCUACAGCAGCCUUCAUGCGACGUGGCACAUAUCCCAAUGAAGAAAGCUCCUCUACUGCGGGCUGUUGGCGCGCUCAAGUAGUAAAUAAAAAAGCACGUACAUACAAUAUUUCGGAACCGCGUUUAUUUCACCGAAAAAUAAGAUGAAAACAAGGUACGGAAUAAAAUGAAUGAAACUAAAUCAGAUACAAACCGGUCGCGUUGCCACCAAGGCGUUGAUUCUGUUGCCCACCCGCGAAUUGGCGACCCAGUGCUACAGCAUGUUGCAAGGUAUCGCGAAGUACUCGCUCGUGACCUCGUCCCUGAUCGCCGGCGGCUUUUCGCAGCAGGAGCAGGCGACGAAUUUGAAGCACCAGCCGGACAUUCUGAUCUGCACGCCGGGCAUAUCAAAUGUAAAAAUGUCUGGGUCUGGAAGAUUCCGAUAUUUGUUAUGCAGUUUCUCCAAGCUCGACCAAGUCUGGAAUGCAGGGCCUAGCAUCACAGGAUCUGCAGCCCCUUUGUGAUGCCUGUUCUGCAUGAGAAAUGCCCCCUCAGCAUGGAACUGCGUUUCUGCAUGUGUUGCGUGUUCCUGUUCCGACCAUGUGUCCUAGAUCCUCUCCUCAUGCGUCCUUCUCGAUCUGCGCGCGCUCCACACACACUUCAAUGAUCACAGUAGUUAGACCUUAGUAGGGGCGAGAGAUCCUUACAUAAUGUUUACUAACGUGAGGAGAAAACCUCCAAAAAAAACCUUCACCUUUUUUUUUGUUAGCGCUAGCUUUACUACCCUUGUAGAAUUUAGACGCCGCCCCAUACAUACCGCGUCGCCUUUGUCGCCCUUUGCUGGUUUUCCUUUUUUUUGUACGGCAGCUGCUUUUUUAUUUUUUUGUGGCGGGCCGGAGAUCCUUUUGCGUAGGGCCCCUAAAGUGGGCAAAUGGAUCAUGAAGAAAUACACUCAUGAAAUGGCGCGACCGGAAAGUGGAAAAGAAGACAUAGGGGGGAAAAGUAGACGCAUGAAAGAGAAGACGCGGGGGGCACAGAAGAAAAGGGGUGCGGGGCACAAAGAAAAAAAACAGAAGAGAUGGGCGGGGGCAUGGGCUAAAGAACAAAAAGACAAAAACUGCAAAGGUCUGGGAGUUUGCAUGUCGCUAGGCCUAGGUUUAUUGGCAAAGUGGUGACUGGGUUGCUAAUUUAAAGACUGCGCUAAAGCAGCACCCCCCUUCCCCAAGGGGUCCCCCCAGGGCGGGCGCGAUGGCGGCUCCGAGUAGGCGGAGCCCUGGGGCCCGAUUCUUCGGAAACGCAUGAAAAAGGUGCGCGGAGUAAGGUCGGCUAAAGUGCCUGAAAGGGGUACGCCUCGGGGUUGUCCGUCAUCGUGAUAGGAUCAUCGGGUAUGAUCAGUAGACCCCCUGUAUAUUUUUUUAGCGCGCAACCGGCCACAAGUGUAAGACUCUGAUCAAGUUUGUAAGACUAACCCUUCAAGGCCACACCGAAGCUCCACCUUGCUCGCGGGCUUGGAUGGUAAGGGGGUUCUGCCACACGUAGCGCCCACUGGUCGUAGUUACGCGUAAGCAAUCGAUAGCGGUUUUGCGGCUGCGGUCGGGUGGUAGUUAGGAAGUGGAUCGGGUAUCCACCUAGGGGUAUCGGCAGAGGCUAAAUCUGUCCUAACGCCCAGGUAUUGGCAGAGGCUAAAUCUGUUCUAACGCCAACCCGCCAGGAGUUAAAUGGUUACUACUACUACUAGCAUGUCCAGAAAUGAGCACCUUUUGCAAGUCACGCAACACAGAUUUUUGUAUGAUGCGCAACAUGCAUCACAAGUUGCAUCGUUCCAGACCCAGACAUUUUUGCAUUUGAUAGGGCAGAAUCUUGGACCACUUACUGAACACCCAAUCCGUAUGGAAGCGUCAGGUUUGAAAUCCUCAAAGUUGAAUAAAUAAUUUGUAAUGCAUAAAAUGCGAAGAUACAAAAAGUGACUCUAUUGCAGAGGACCCAAGGGAGGCAGAUUAUAGUCCUGGCAAGGGUCAAAAGUUGGACUACUAUCUAGCAUGACAGAAGGCAGCUCUUUUGCCCUAAACCGCAUGACAGACUCGCUUCCAGGACCGGGAAAAUUUGCCAUGCACCGACUACAAACUGCAGGCCUAACUGGCAUCCAUUUUAUGCAUGGCAAAUUAUUUUUUCAACUUUGUCGAUUUCAAACCUGACACUCCCAUAAUCCGUGCACUUGGAAAUGCUUGAAAUCGUGGUUUUCGACGAGGCAGAUCGGCUGUUAGAGAUGGGAUUUCGGGACGAGUACAAUUUCAACUUCAUCGCAAUCAUGCUUUGUUUUUUCAGCAUAGAAGUCGCGCGCGUGCCAGACUUUCACUGAUUCGAUUCGCACCUUCAAGCUAGUACAAAGUUACUGUUAAAGUUAGAUAAAGUUAACGAAGGACGCCUUAGAAGUUGCACAGCGCUUCGUCGUGCAUCAUGAUGAGAAAAGAAACACUACCAAGAUGAUACGACUUUUACGUGCGUCAGGAAGAAACAUUGCCUACAAUAACAAUACCGAUACCCCACAACUAAAAACUCGUCCAGGUGCAAGGAAGUGCUGCGUCGGUGUUCGCACGGGCGCCAGACGCUUCUUUUUUCCGCCACCUGGAACACAUAUGGAUGUGUCAGGAUUGAAACCGACAAAGCUGAAAUAACUUGCAAUGCAUAAAAUGGAUGAAAGUUGUGACCUAGUUUCCCAGUGGCGCAUGACAAAUUUGGGUAGAGCCGAAAUCCAGUGCGUCAUGCUGUUUGGGUAAGGAAGACGCCUGCUGUCUUGCUAUUUUAGUAGCUCAGUCUCUACCCCUCAACAGGCUUACAAUCUGCCUCACUUGCCUACUCUGCAAGACAGCCACUUUGUGGGCUGCAUUUGUCUUGGUAUUUUAGGUGCAUUUUAUGCAUGACAAACUAUUUCAACUUUGACGAUUUCAAACCUGGCGCUUCCAUAACACAGACGUCCAGGAUCUCGCCUCCGUGGCGCUGAACAAGCCGCUUCGCAUCGAGGCGAGCCAGACCAACAAGGUCGCCCGCACGCUGCAGCAGGAGUUUGUCGCGGUGCCGGAGGAGUCGAAGCGGGAGGCGACGUUGCUGCACCUGUGUAAAAACACGUAUAAGAACAAGGGCGUGAUCAUUUUUUUCCAGACGAAGAAGCAGUGCCACCGCAUGGCGAUUUUGUUCGGGUUGAUGAAGCUCAACUUCGCGGAACUCCACGGGAAUCUGUCGCAGACGGAACGGUGUGAGAACGUGUCGAGGUUUCAAAACAACGAAAUCUCCUAUUUACUCGCGACCGACCUCGCGGCUCGGGGUUUGGAUUUGCGGAACGUCGAGUGCGUGAUAAAUUUCGAGGUGCCCAACGAGGACGCGAAGUACAUACACCGGUGCGGACGAACCGCGCGCAUGGGCCGGACCGGGCAGUUAUGCAAGAAAAAAACUGUGUAAGUGUAACUCUGUAAUGCGGAACAUGCAAGAGAGUUAUGCCUGUCAUGCCAGACAGCCACGAAGUCCUCUUUCCAGGUGUGUAUUCCCUUACAAGCCACGCAUGACAGGUUUGUCAUGUAGAGCAAAUCUGUGAUGCUGUCAGCCAAACAAAGAAAGUUACACUAACACAGUUUUUUUCUUGGAUAGCAGUCCGUCACGUUGCACUGCGGUCAGGAGGAGUACAGACGAGUGAAGAAGUUGGCGAAAUUGUGCGCGAAAAAGGUCAACAGCAGUUCAUCCACUGGGGAGGGAGUGGACGACAAGAAUUGUGACGCUUCAUCUUCUCCUGCGUCGGUUGUAACCAAGCGCAGCAUCGACGAGUCCGCUUUGGACAAAUUGGAAUGGCAGAUCAACCGGUUUCAACAGGACGUCGUCGAGGUGCUCGAAGAAGAGAAAACGGAGCGGGAGUUGCGACUCGCCUCCGUGGAGUUGAGCAAGGCCGAGAACCUCGAGAAACACAAAGACGAGAUCGCGGCCCGGCCGAAAAAGGUGUGGCGGCUGACCAACAACGAGAAGCAGAAGCAGCGGGAGAACGAGAAGGAGAUAAGAAUGGCCCUGGAAAAGGACUCGAAGAAGGAAUCGCGAAAGCAAAAGCGGAUGCGGAUGGACAAGGAAAUGAUGCAGAAGCAGAACGUCGCGAAACAAAAAAUCGCGAAACGAAAAACGACCAGAGCAGCUGCUGCGAAUGGAGGUUCUGGUGCCACCUCUGGUGGUGCCUCGGGGAUGAUAGGAGGAAACAAGAAGAAACCCGUUGCGAAGGGGAAAGGAGGAAAGAAAAAUUCGCGGAAGUGAUUUUUAGGCGGGACCCCGGGGAAUUAUAGAUCGUGCUCGUGUGCAGCUUGGUUGUUGCAUUUGCGGACAAACAAGCUUCAACUUGUAGCUCUAGGAGCAGAACAAGCACAAUGCGCUUCGGCAAGAAAAAGCGGAAACUUAGAGCUCGCGCCUGCGUUUUAUUGUGUGCUGAUGUGCAUCAACUAUCACUAUGUAAAGGAAAUCAUG